AUGUUGCUGCUGGCAAUCGGCCUAUUAAUCAGUACAACUGCGUCGUCGUUAUCGGAGCAACAGCAGGACUGCACAGCAGUUGCAAAGGAUGAGGAAACGAUGCUGGUCUUUUCGACGCUCGGCGGCGGACUGACGGCUAUCGAGCCGCUGACGGGCGAGACCCGUUGGUCGAUCGACGACGAACCGACGAUCCGUGUGCCGAGCCCGUCCUCCAUGAGCGCACACUAUCUGCCCGAUCCGCGGGACGGAAGCCUCUACCGGAUGAACGGUCUCGAGGGAGGUCUGAAGAAGCUCCCGUACACCAUUCCGCAGCUGGUGGCCAGUGCACCGUGUCGAUCGAGUGACGGCAUUCUGUAUUCUGGCAAAAAGAGUGACGUUUGGUUUCUGAUCGAUCCGAAAACGGGAAAACGUGAGAAGGUGCUAGGUUUCGGCGGACCGCUGCCGUCGCAACAGCCACCAGCCACACGCGAUGGAGUCGGCACGGGAGCUGGAUCGGAUGCGAUCGGUUGGGCCACGUCUCGGGCCGUCUAUUUAGGCCGCACCCAGUACACCGUCAUGAUGUAUGACAGCCAAGCAACCGCGGGCAACAGCAAACCCUGGAAUGUAACGUUUUUCGACUAUACAGCUCACACGAUGGCGCCGGAGCUGUCCAAGGAGUAUGAGUUUCUUCACCUCACCAGCAGUUCGUCGGGGCUUACGGCCACGUUCGAGCAGAAGAAAGGCACUCCGCUCUGGCAGAAGGAUCUGUCCAGUCCGGUGGUGGCAGUGUUUCUGCUCAGCUCCGAAGGUCUGCUGAGUGUUCCCUUCCAGACCGUCUCCGAUGAGGUUCUGCAGGAGGUGAACGAGCGAGCGAAAAGUGGCAACUACGAUGAUCUCAAACUGUUUGAAACCGUCUAUGUUGGUGAGGCGGGAAACAACCUGUACGCGAUCCCUUCGCUGGUGGAUAAGAGUACCGCCACGUUACCCUCAGAACCGUCCAUCAAUUUACUGGGGGGUCCGUCCAAAACCGGUCCACUAGGCGCACUCGGUGGUCGCGAACGCGAUGCCGCCGGCGAUGAUCGUCCCAGCCGAGAGCUCAUCUCAAAGUCUCGUGCGCGAGGUAAAAACGAAAACAUCAUCAUUCUUGGCCACUACCAGACGCCCAAAAUAGAUGAACGCAUCAAGCUCGACAUUGCUCCGAGUUCACCUUCGUCGAUGGGACGAGGCUUCUGGAAGCACCAUGAGCUUUCGACAGUACUGGUGGCCGAUCCCUUUGAUUCGCCCAGCGUCGGGUUGCCAAAGUUGGAGCGCAAACAGCUGAACACAAUCGGUGUGCAGACGGAACCGGAGGACAAGAUCGAGGUCGGUGAAACGAACGAAACAAAAUCGGAUGAUGCGAGUGGUAGAAGCGAUAAAAUCCGGGCGAUGGUCAAACAAAUUUAUCGAUACACGAUACGCUGGCUGGAUGCGCAACCGAACAAACUGCCUACGAUGUUACUGCUCACGCUGCUGUGUAUGGUGAUCGUUGGCUUCUGGUACUUCCAUCGGCAAAUGAAAGCGCUGCAGGAACAGAGCCAGGGUGGAUCGCAGUCGAGCAACUCCAACCGAAGUGGAGCAGGAAACGGUAGUGGCAGUGGCACCGGUGGGAGCUACAGUGAACCGAUAGACUACGGUGAUGGUGAAAUGCGCGUGGGAAAGAUCAACUUUAACGUCCAGAAUGUGCUCGGCAAGGGUUGCGAGGGAACGUUCGUGUUUCGGGGUAGCUUCGAGAAACGGGAAGUGGCCGUAAAACGUAUCCUACCCGGCUGUUUCACGUUGGCCGAUCGCGAAGUGGCGCUACUGCGGGAGAGCGAUGCGCACGAGAAUGUGGUGCGAUACUUUUGCACCGAGCAGGAUCGACAGUUUCGGUACAUUGCCGUCGAGCUGUGUGCCGCUACGUUGCAGGAUUACGUUGACGGUAAAGCGUCGUCAGCGGUCCCAGCAGCAACGACAGUGACGGUGUCACUGUUGCGACAGAAAAUCUCUGCCCUCAAUAUCCUGCGCCAAGCCACGAGCGGACUUAUGCACCUCCACGCACUCAGCAUCGUUCACCGGGACAUAAAACCGCAAAACAUUCUCCUUUCCCUGCCCGACAAUCGACAGCGCGUGCGGGCCAUGAUCUCGGACUUUGGGCUGUGCAAGAAGCUGAACUACGGAAAGGCAAGCUUUUCGCGUCGCUCGGGUGUAACCGGUACCGACGGAUGGAUCGCUCCUGAAAUGCAGCGUGGCCAGCGUGCCACCACGUCCGUAGACAUUUUCUCGCUUGGCUGCGUGUUCUAUUAUGUGCUGUCGGAUGGUUUUCACCCGUUCGGAGACAACCUCAAACGGCAGGCAAACAUACUCUCCGGUGAGUUCGAUCUCGGUAUGCUGCGGCGCGAGAAUCCACUUCCGGACAAUCGGACCGUGCUGGCGGAAGAGAUCAUACGCGACAUGAUACAGGGCGAUGCGUCGAAACGACCUUCGGCCCGUGCAAUAGCGAAUCAUCCACUGUUCUGGAGCAACGACCGUGUGCUGGCGUUCCUGCAGGACGUGAGCGAUCGGGUGGAAAAGUCAGAAAUUAUGGCCGAACCCCUGCGAUCGCUGGAGAAAAAUGCACGCUUUGUCGUACGGGAAGACUGGAGCCGCCAUCUGGACGCCGAAGUGACGGCUGAUCUGCGCAAGUUCCGUGGCUACCAGGGGUACAGCGUGCGGGAUCUGUUGCGUGCCUUAAGAAAUAAGAAACAUCACUACCACGAACUGACGCGGGAAAUGCAACGUGCCCUGGGAACGAUACCACACGAGUUCACCGACUAUUGGAUCGGUCGAUUUCCGCGCCUUCUUUCACACAGCUACCACGCCCUGGCGGACAACUCACGGGAACCGAUCUUUCGUCAGUACUACAACGACGAGGAAGAUAAUCACACCGGUGGUGGACCCCCGGUGGGGCCUCACGGAGGAUACAAGUUCACAAAACCAGCCUACUUCCUUCGGGAUGAUAACGACAACUACGAGCUUCUGCGUUACUACGAACUCGCGCAAGCCAUGAAAACGGGUACCAAGAGUCCCAAGCGACGGAUGGGCGGUGACGGAGGUAGUGCUGAAGCGGGGAAGAUGCCUAUCGUGGGCCACAACAACAAACGGGGAACGUACAAUUUUGGCAAAACAAUUUCCGGUGGGUUCAUUACACGCCAGCAAGUUCGUGAGAACGACAGCGGGGCAUUGGACGAUCUGCGAGCCUCUGUGCAGGGAGCUGACACUGGCGGGGAGAACGAUGCGAUCUCAGAUGGAGGUGUUAAUCAACGGCGACGGUAUGUUACUGCCACUGGUCCUGGAAACCUCAAUAGUACCUCUGUCACCACCGCUAAUCAGAACAACACUGUCAGACGCCGUGAAGCACAAACGAAAAUCACGUGGAAUUUAGAUGGUAUGGCCGCCUCCCGGCCCGAAUAGCAAACAAGGUAUCGGGCAGAUUUUAGAAUCUCUGUUUGAUUAAUGCGUACGGCAGAGA